GUUAUCAUGAAGGUUGAGAAAAAUGACCAAUCAAAACAUUCAAAGUGGCAGACGAAAACCUGGUGUGCCACUGCCACUGUCAUUCAAAGCUGUGAUCGAUAUAUUUACUUGAAUUAUUAUAAAAUCUGACAAUGUGGCGAAAAUUAUUAGUCCUAUUGUAUCUUCUGGCUAUCAUCAUAAAUUUUUCUGAAGGGAAAAAAAAGAAAGCAAAAUCUGUAACAACAGUAUUAGAUGCCAAAUGGGAACAAACUCCUCUAGUAUUAGAGAUUGCUGAGUAUCUGGCGGAAGAGAGUCCUGAAGUAUUUUGGCAAUUUGUUGACGGCAUCAGUUCCAUGGACAUACCGCUGAUAGAGCUUGGCUCUGACAAAACCAUGUACGAUCGAGCACUCGCUGAGGCCGGCAAGCUAUUGUCACCUGCUCAACUGUCCCUACUGAAACUCGCAGUGUCGCUGCAUGUGUAUUCUCCUCGGGUAGAGAUGUACCACCAGAUGGCUCAGCAGAGAGGUCUCAAGUGUCCAGCUGCUGUAGAUGUGGCCGGAACUGUCAUAUGCUCACCAGAACAGCUACAGGUCACAGUCCAACAAGUAAAGACUAAACAAGAUAGUCGGCGUGUAGAGACAUAUCGGCUGGACCAUCACUAUCCUGGGUCAGAGAACAAGAGCGUCGUUGCUGUCCUGUAUGGAGAAAUUGGUACUCCAGAGUUUGCAGAGUUCCACAAACGUUUACGACAGUUGGCUACACUGGAGCCGGUGGACUACGUGCUGCGCCACUUCGUCAAGGAAAGACCAAAUAGGAAGCUGCGGUUGUCAGGGUACGGUGUGGAACUGCAACUUAAGUCAACAGAAUACAAAGCAGAAGACGACACUAAGGUAAAGGGUGCUGGUGGUGCUGAUUCUCAAGAGGAAGACGAAGAUGAUGAAAUUGAAGGAUUUGUCAUCAGCAAACUCAAACAAUUGUAUCCGGACAAAAGAGAGCAGCUGGAGAGGUUUGUCCAAGAACUGGCAGAGUCCAGUGAUCAACUAGCCCCACUCAAGGUAUGGCAGUUCCAGGAACUGAGUUUACAAGCGGCUCAGAGAAUCCUCUCAGCUCCUAAGGAAGAAGUCCUGCACACCUUCACACAUAUUGCUCAGAACUUUCCCAUGCAGGCCAAGUCGUUAGUUAGAACAGUGGUGAAUUCUGAUUUCAAAGCUGAAAUGCAGAAAAAUCAAGAGAAAUUUGCAGCAACACUGAACCUUCAACCCUCGGAUACUGCUUUGUUUCUCAAUGGGAUCUUUUUCGACAUGGACAUCGUGGAUAUUAUGACGAUAUUAGACUCUUUACGACAGGAGUUGAGAGUAUUGGAGGGGCUGCAUCUUUCAGGUAUCUCAGACAAAAGUACUCUAAGCACCCUUCUGGGGUUGGACCUGAGCAAUGCGGGGGGCCGAGACUACGCCAUAGACAUUCGAGACUCUGCGGUGCAGUGGAUCAAUGAUAUAGAGCUGGACAAGCAGUACCGACGGUGGUCUUCCUCUCUCAUGGAUUUACUGCGGCCGACAUUCCCUGGGAUGCUGCGCAGCGUACGCAAGAACCUCUACAAUCUGGUGAUCAUAGGAGACCCGGCCCAGCGCUCAGUGUGGCCACUAGUCAAGCUGAUGGAGUCAUUCUACGUACACACUGCUCCACUGCGGCUAGGACUGGUUUUCGCUGUCAACAGCACAGCUACCGGGCAGGAAGACGCAGGAGUGGCUCUCCUCAAUGCUUACAACUACAUCGCAGAACUCAAGGAUCCCUAUCAAGGCCUUAGCUUUAUUACAGAUGUAUACGCCACUGUGAAGACAGAAGGGGAUCGGAAUGUUGAGGUGAGUGAUGUGGUGAAGCUGCUGAAAGUGCGCUAUCACUCGGCCGAUGUGGAGGAGAUACUAGGUCCUGACACUGACUAUGAUACAGGCCGCAAACUGGCCACCGACUUUGUGCAACGGUCUGGAUUACGUAACUUGCCUCAGGCGCUGAUCAAUGGGAUUCCACUGCCGGAGAAGUCGUUGAAUGGUGAAGAGUUCGAGGAGGCAGUGCUAACCGAGAUCAUGUCCCAGACUCCAACAAUACAGAAGGCAGUGUACCGUGGGGAUUUGACAGACAGCAACAAUGUUGUUGACUACUUGAUGGACCAACCCAAUGUCAUGCCCAGAUUAAACGAGAGGAUACUGAAUACAGAAAAAAGCCGAUACCUGGACCUGGUAAAGGUUGCGGCCAAGCUGGGUGAGUCUGUUACAUACGUGACCAGCAAACACCACACUGACGGAGUGCAGCCACUCACGUACUGGCUCGUAGCAGAUCUGAGCCAGCCCGACCACCGAGAACUGCUCUCCAACGCUCUAGAUCAGAUGAAGUCAAGUGGGCGUAUCCGUGUAAGCCUGAUAAUCAACUCUGCCCCUGACGCUGACCAGGCCAUCAAUAAACUUGUGUUGGCAGCCCUGCAACAAGACCCCUCAGCAACCACACUGGACAAGAUACUGCAGGAUGCUGAGGCUGUCCAGCUCGGAGACAGACAUCCAGCUGCUUACGGCCUCAAGGAUGUGGACUGGGAUAGUGUCUCUACUACACUUGAGCUACACAGCCAGCUGGCUAGUAGAAUACUAGGGUUUCCUGCUGGGGCUCGUGGUCUGGUGUGUAACGGGCGAGUGCUGGGACCUCUUGAAACAGACGAACAGUUUACCACAGACGACUACAGUCUGCUCGAGAGGUUCAGCAUGUCCGCUCAUGUCGACAAGAUAUAUGCGGCCCUCACCAAGAAUAUGGAUGAGGCAGAGUUGACAAGUGACAUGGUGAUGAAGACAGUGGCUCUGUUGGCAGCCAGGCCUCAACAUCGUACGAGGUUUGAGUUACCGCAGUUAGGAGAGGAACACAGUGUGAUCAAGCUGUCAGCCCAGUCAGGAACAUCCCCUGCUCUAGAUGUAGUGGUUGUGGUUGACCCAGUAUCCAGAGGAGCUCAAAAGAUUGGGCCAAUACUCUCUGUCCUCCAGCACACCACCAACUGCAAUAUCCGAAUCUUCCUUAACUGUAUUGACAAACACUCUGAUAUGCCUCUAAAGAGUUUCUACCGCUACGUGGUAGAGCCAGAGGUGACGUUCACUCCUGAGGGGAGACUGGGACCAGGACCACUUGCCAGGUUCUCAAACAUGCCGCCAGCACCACUGCUCACACAGAACAUGCAUGUCCCUGACAACUGGCUGGUGGAGGCGGUAGCUAGCCCCUAUGACUUGGAUAACAUUCGGCUAGAGGAGGUCGAGAGUGUGGUUCACAGUCAAUUUGAGCUAGAGUACUUGCUGCUGGAGGGUCACUGCUUCGAGUCCACAUUGGGUAACCCCCCGAGGGGUUUACAGAUCACCCUGGGCACAGAGUUGGAACCGGUGCAGGUAGACACAAUCGUCAUGGCUAACCUAGGCUACUUCCAGCUAAAGGCUAAUCCUGGAGCAUGGGUACUAAGACUGCGACAGGGACGCUCCGCUGAUAUAUUUGAUAUAACAAGCCAUGAGGGUUCAGACACUCCAGAGAACUCGACAGACAUAAAGGCUCUUAUCAGCUCAUUCCGUCCUCAUGUGCUCAAGCUGAAGGUGACCAAGAAACCUGAUAAACAGCACAUGGAUCUACUGGGAGAUGAUGACCAGGCUCAGUCGGGCAUCUGGAACUCUAUCACCAGCACAUUCAGCUCAACCAAGGACGAGCCAGUGGAUCCAGCUGAUGCAACCAUAAACAUUUUCUCUGUGGCAUCUGGUCAUCUUUACGAGCGUUUCUUACGCAUCAUGAUGCUUAGUGUCCUCAAAAACACCAAAUCACCAGUAAAAUUCUGGUUUCUUAAGAAUUACUUGUCACCUACAUUUAAGGAUUUCUUGCCUCGAAUGGCACAGGAAUAUGGGUUUGAGUAUGAGCUAGUACAGUACAAGUGGCCGAGAUGGCUUCACCAGCAGACGGAGAAACAGAGGAUCAUCUGGGGCUACAAGAUACUCUUCCUGGAUGUGCUCUUCCCUCUUCAUAUAAAGAAAAUCAUAUUUGUGGAUGCUGACCAGGUUGUGAGGGCUGACAUGAAGGAACUUGUUGAUUUAGACUUAGGUGGUGCUCCAUAUGGAUACACCCCUUUUUGUGAUAGCCGCACGGAAAUGGAUGGUUUCAGAUUCUGGAAGCAGGGCUAUUGGCGGAACCAUUUGCAAGGGCGCAGGUACCACAUCAGUGCCCUUUAUGUGGUGGACUUAAAGCGGUUCCGUCGUAUCGCUGCUGGAGAUAGAUUGCGUGGCCAGUACCAAGCUCUUAGUCAAGACCCCAACAGUUUGUCUAACCUCGACCAGGACUUGCCGAACAACAUGAUACAUCAAGUAGCUAUCAAAUCACUGCCUCAGGAAUGGCUAUGGUGCGAGACGUGGUGUGAUGACAACUCUAAGACUUCAGCAAAAACCAUUGAUCUGUGUAACAAUCCAUUAACAAAAGAGGCCAAGUUAACAGCAGCUAUGAGGAUUGUUGAAGAAUGGAAGGACUAUGAUGAAGAAAUCAAGAGGGUUCAGUUAAGGUUAGGUGCGACUGAUGAUCAUGAAGACGAAGAAAACACGUCUCAUAGACAAAGUCACAGCCAGCAUACCGAGUUAUGACACUGCGGCUCUCCUCUGUCGACCCAAGGAUGUGGCCCAACAGCGAGUGACUGCUUUGUUUAAAAAGCAGAUGUACACCACCUUAUUGUUCACUGAUUAUGUUCUUUUUGUCCAUUAGAUAGUUUUACUCUAUUUAUCUAAAUAUUUUUUACUGAGAUAGGAUUGUGUGUGAUGAACAUUUUUAAUGAUCUCCUAUAAAUAAACCUAGACAGUAAAGCCUUUUUAAGGGAUUAAACUAAACCGUUUUGUGUUAAUAGCAAUAAAACUUGAAUGAAAUGUGUGUUGAUUAAUAAAAGUAGAAUGGUAAAAAACAAUUGUAAACACCAAGAUUUCUUGAUCUUUGAUUUCUAUUCCUUUAAUACUGCAGUUCCUAAUUAUAAUUUGUAUACAAUCUUAUAAAAUUGUGUUAAAUUAUAUAAAGGGGAUAAUGCAAAAGUACAUAGUUUUGUUGUAUCACUUAUAUGUGUACAUUUUUUUUGUAUAGCUUAAGAUUCUAUUGUAUUAAGUUCAAUUCAGUAUCAGGGUAUGCAUGCGUGGUUCAGACAAGACACUCUGUGUAUCAUGCCAUACCUUGUAAUCAUUGAAUUUUGGCACCUGACAUUUUAUCAAAUUGUUUUAAAUAAUUCCAAGUCCUAGGCUCUUACUGUGAUAUUCUGUACAGUAGAGAUUACUACUGCUCCUUUUUUUAAUCUUUAGGGUACCUAUACAUUUUGAGAAUAUUGUGAGCUUAUCUCCUUCUCGAUGUUUGUUUAUUUCUUUAGUUGUUUGCUUUUUAUAAUUUUGAUUAAACUGUGGUAUGGUAAAAUUUAUACAAAUUACAAAUAACAAAGCUUUACACUAUAUAUAAUGUUUACUGUAUUAUUUUUAAUUUUAAUGCUCAAUCAUGAUUUGUCAGCUGUGUUCCUUUAUUUCUGAUCUAGUUUAUGAGUUUAUUUUGAAAUCAGAAACUGUAUUUAACAUGAUCUGCUAGCAGCUGCAUGGAAUUUUUAAAUCAGCUGGUAAGUCUGAUAUUUAUACAGAUUAGUAAGCUACAAAUGUCCCAAUAUGUACUGAAUAUAUUUUAGAUUUUGCUGUUGUUCCUGUUCAAAUAAUACAGAAUGAUAUUUAUAAAUUGUUGAUGAUUCACUGCACAGUAGUAUGCGCUUUGAUAGAGUAUUGAUUGAUAACUAAAUUGUUGGGUCUUAGUUGGUGAAACUAAAUCAUUUGAUUAGAAUAUUCAUUUGAGAACUCAAUGUUCACAGACAUGUAGCUCAGUAAGAUAGACAAAAACAGUUAUGGUUAUUACCUAAAACAUUUAUAUUUAAUUUACAUUCUGUAUUGAGACAAGUAUAAAAUGCCGAACUACAAUUGAUUUAAUGUUUGCACAUACAAUGAGCUUGGAAUAAUAAGUAGAUAUUACUCACAUUCCUAUUCUGAAUUUUGAUCAGUGGAAACAGCACGUGACUGUAUCACAAGGAUUAAAUAAAUAGAGUGAAGUUGAAAUUUUAUGCAAUUAUCCCAAUCAUAGUUAAUAAGAAACAUAAUUUAUUUUUUUAUGUUUGCUAGUAAUUGCUUAUCUGUACAAUCAAUAAAGUUCUUAAAAAUCAAGUUGGACAAGUUUUACCCUAUGUUAGUGCUACAUGUGGAGAACUGCUUAGUGUAAGGGGUAUAAGUGACAUGAACACCUGGAUUCACAACGUUAUUUUCAAAUUUAUUCGGACAUUUAAAAUAUUAACAAGAAUUACAAAUAAAAAGUCACAGUUAUUCUUAUUUCCAAUGUAUGAGGCUUUUGAAAAUGCCUUAUGCAGCAUUUGCUUGUCAUAGAAUAAAAUAUUGUGUCUAUCUUAACUGUAUGUCUAUUGAAAUUAUUGAUAUUUUCAUACUACUGUGCAGCUAAUUCCAUAUUUCCAAGAACUUUGGAAUGGCUAAAUCAUUCAUUAUGAUGCCAUAGUCUGACAAUCCUUUCAGCAUAUGAAAAUGUUAAACAGCAUUUAUUUUAUAAAAUCUCUUGUUUGUAUCUCAUCAUGAGGUUUUAUUCAUAUUUUUAUCUUAAAAAUCAUAAAAUAUUAUUCAAGCUUAAUAAUAAAACCAUUUUCUUUGUUGCUAAGAAGUGCCUAAACUUGUAUAUUGGUGGAAAUAGCCAAUUAAGAGUAUGGGUGGUAAUUUUGCAGCUUUAUAAUAUUGUAAGCGAAUUAACAACUCAAGUUUACUUGAGUAGAACAUGAUGGAAAAAACCUCCUGGUGAAAGAAUUUUAGAGUGAUUGUAAAACAGCAAUACAAUUUGGUAUAUUGUGUUCCCCUAUAAAAAUUGUUGACUUUAUAAAACUGAAAUGUGUAGUAAAUACUCUUCAGGCUUAUAUAUUGCAGUUAUAGUUUAUUACCAAAAAGGAAAUAUUUAUGUGGAAAGACAAACAUUCUUCACAAAAGGCAUAUUUCCAAAAUUGUUUCUUACAGGCUAUAAAAAUAAAAAUAUUGAAUAUGAA